AGCUUGAAAGCCGCCGCCACAAGGCUAGCUUAACUUACAAACUCCGGUGUUUUAUAAGUAAACUGCGCCGAAGAUUGCUUCCUCCCACCUAUUUCGUCCCAGGUUACCAACCCCACGGACGAAGUGGUCGACAGACAAGCACGUAGAUAUUCUAUCCUACCCAGUCGACUAGCGCAAUCUUAGAGCCGCAAACUCCGAACAACCCGCAGCGACAUGAGGUCGACUGCCCAGUCUGCGCUGAAGCUGUUGGCGCUUGUCGCCAUAGCUGGAGCUCUUCCUGCAGUUCUGGCCCAUGGUCACGAUGACGAAGGCGCCAUGAAUAUGGAUGGCGACGGAGGGAUGGAUAUGAGCAAAGAGGACCCGAAACCGGAUGUGGAUUCCUAUCCGCCUACGUACUUUGCGCAUACAGAGCACGUAACCGAAAUAUAUGCGCACAUCGCAUUAAUGGUCAUAAGCUGGGUAUUCAUGUUACCAUUAGCUGUUAUGUUCUCCAUCGCGCGAUCGAAAUACACACUCGCGAUCCAGUUCCUUUUCCUCUUUACGAAUGCGAUUGGCGUCCUAUUAGGCAUUACGUAUAACGCGAAUACCCCUGAUCUAUAUCCGAAUAAUGCGCAUCACAAGUUAGGGUGGAUAGUUACGUGGGUAAUCAGCGCGCAAGUGGUUAUCAGCCUCGUAGGCCGUGUAGCGGGCGUGAUGGCCAAGAACAAUACACAAGAAUUCACCAAGGAGGAGGAGCAAGCAUUCAUUCCUGUUUCGACGGAAGCUAUGGCCGAACACCAGCGCAGAAACGCAACAAUGUUUUCAAGCCCAUAUCGUCACUCUAACGACAGUGGACAGGGCACAGAGCCGAAUACCGAGUCGUUGCGAAGCAACUCUGUAUCAACUGCUGUGGGUCAGGAGUCGCCUACCGAAAUGAACGAUCGACGAUUGCACUACGAGGAUGACCUUGAAGACCUCCACUUCAAACCCGCGGAAUUACUCUCUUCGAAACCAGCCAAUUCGUUUAUUGCCAAGGUUGCCGGGAAGAUCUCUAACAGGGCAUGGAAAGUUCUGAUGUUUGCAUACAAUUUCAUUGACCGGACUAUCCUCAUUCUGGGUUACGUAGCUCUGUGCACAGGCAUUAUUACCUUUGCCCGAUUCUUUGAGGGACAUGGCAUUUUCAGUGGUUUGGCUCAUUGGAUUAAAGGAGGUAUCUUUUUCUGGUACGGCAUUUUGACUCUCGGGAGGUGGACCGGGAGUUUCGGUGAACUGGGAUGGGCUUGGAACGUCCGUCCGAAGCAAAGCUCGCAGAAAUGGAGACCCACUGCGGAGUUCGUGGAGGGUGCGCUCAUCUUCACUUACGGAUCGACUAACAUUUUCCUGGAGCAUCUUGGCAACGCUGGCAAGGAAUUCAGUCCUCAGGACCUUGAGCACAUUUCCAUCACCGUUCUUUUCAUUGGUGGUGGUUUGCUUGCGAUGCUAAUUGAGUCCACACGAAUACGUGAACUCCUAAACACCACUGUGUACGAUGCAGCUCUUGCUCAUCCGAGCCAUGCGUACAGCGAGGAGGAACGUGAAGCCCUCGAAGUGCCAAGACAGUAUGAAUUCUCCGUCAACCCCAUUCCAGCGCUCGUCAUUUUGCUUCUUGGCAUCAUGAUGAGUUCGCAUACCCAGCAGACAAUGAUUUCAAGCAUGGUUCACAAGCAAUGGGGUAACCUCCUGACGGGCGCUUCAUUCGCUCGAGGCUUUACAUAUGUGCUCCUCUACCUUAAGCCCCCGCGCUCUAUCCUGCCAUCUCGACCUCCCACUGAGCUCUUGACCGCGUUUGGUCUCAUUGCGGGAGGCACCAUCUUUAUGGCAAGCGCUGGCGAUACGGUAGAUGGAAUGAUCCAUUAUGACUUAGAUGCCAUGUUCUUCUACACCGUUACUAUGGGCUUUGUCGGGCUGCUCAUGGCGUGGGUUGUGGUCGUCCUAGCUCUUAAGGGCUGGGUCGUCCGCAGAGAGUCCGGUCGGUCACCGAAAUCUUGGACCCUAGCUUCCCGGGUCUAAGAAUUUGUUUGCGAAAAUCCAUCAUGCAUUGCAUCAGAAACGACUUGGGUAUUCUCCAGCAACGAACUGGGGCGGUCCUUGUUAGAUCAUUUAAUUUUUCUUUUUUAGAUUAACGGCGUAUCGGGGUGGGGCGCUCGAUUUGCGAUAUACCCUAAGAUACUCCCUUCACUUGUUCUGAACAUAUUUUUUGCAUUCUGGACUUUCAUUACAACCAUCAUCAAUGAUACCCAUAGGGAAAGCGGUUUAUGAUUUUUGUGGACGACCUGGUUGGAGGUUGAAGGUUGGAUAGGACGUAGGCACUGGAGGAAGGGAGGGCAUGAGUGUGUUAGGUCCUCUACCGUUGAGAGUCCAUGGGAAUGAAUCGGAUGAUUAGACUUGACUCAGUACCUACUUAAUAAUCUGAGACUCACAGAGAAAAUCAUAAAAUGAAAUGAAAGGAAUAAGAGUUCAUAUGCGCUUAUCGUAUAAUGUGUAGCCACUUGUAAUCAUGAAAUC